AUGACGUAUCCUUAUACACGUGACUAUGAAGCCUCGGCACAUGGAGACAUGACUCCUGAAUCCAAUCUGGAUCUAUUCAUGGAAUUUUUGAACUGUGUUAUGGGGCAGGAUUUCGGACAAGCACUCGUUUUAUGUAAACAGUUGAUGGAAGUGGAACCAGGAAAUCAGGUCGUUAGAGAGUUUCUCCCUUUGUUAUCAGAAGCAAACACAAUGAAAGAAAACGGUUAUUUUCAUGCAGAAACGGAUUCUGAAGACUAUUUUAGUGAAUCAGACAGAGGCGAAGAGGACCAUAGCACGCAGUCUUCCUCCAGCAGUUCGGAAAGUUAUGAAUAUUCAACCUCAGAUUCGGACAGUCAUGGUAAUCGCCACAAGCGG